AAUAGCAGGCAUUUUACCCAUCAAUUAUUUCUCCCUUUUUUAUUUUUUUAUUAAAAAAAAAAAAGUCUCCCAAGUCUUACAAACACAAAGAUGGCUAAUAUUCGAGCACAUUUCAUAUCGUUCCUUCUCGUCGCUAUAAUGCUAAAUCCCGAUUUAUACAAUGUUGAAUCUCGAUUAUUACCAUUGAAGAAAUCGGAUUUGCAAUCAGAGGAGGCGAUUCAGCCUUUCAAGUCCGUGCCAAGCCCUGGAAUUGGACAUCAACUUUAUAAUCUCGAAAAUAAUUUAAUUUCGAUCGACAAAUCGGGCCCAAGUCCAGGCGCAGGACAUCCAAUAAUUAACAGUUUCGACAAAGAAAUGGGUUCGGUCGACAAAUCGGGCCCAAGUCCAGGCGCAGGACAUCCAAUAAUUAACAGUUUCGAUAAAGAAAUGAGUUCGGUCGACAAAUCAGGCCCAAGUCCAGGCGCAGGACAUCCAAGAAUUAACAGUUUCGACAAAAAAAUGGAUUCGGUCGAUAAAUCGGGCCCGAGUCCAGGCGAAGGACAUCCAAUAAUUAACAGUUUCGACAAAAAAAUGGAUUCGGUCGACAAAUUAGGCCCGAGUCCUGGCGAGGGCCACAAACAUGUUCCGGUGCAGCUCGUUUAUAAAAAUAAGCCAUAAGUGCUUAAAUUAAUUAUUCAUUCUAUGGAUAUCAAUCGAUGAUUAUUUUCAUCAUAAAAACAAAAAAAAAGCAAAAAAAAAAAUUAUAUUU